AUAGGAAUACACAAUCGAACUGAAGCUGCAAGCUUGGCAGGAGCCGCCUGGUGCGUGCGUGUGUGUGUGUGUGGUUGUUGGUUCUGUCUAUCGAUCCAGCUCUCUGCUGUGUUUUCUGAUAUAUAUAUUUUUGCUGGCGUUUUAUUUUAUUUUUAUGACUAUUUUAUUUUAUUUUUUUAAAUCCUUGCCUGACUUUGAUUGCAGCUUGGACUUAAGCGCCGCUGAGCUGCUGCUUGGAGGAGAAAGAGCGAGCGAGGAAGCUCUGUCUCCUUUCCUUCCGCUCUGCCUUCGGAUUGGUCUCUCUCCUAAAGUGCUGUCCAAGGGUUGGCUGCAGGGCUGCUGAAUAACAGGUGCAUUUUGCUGCUCCGUCGCCUCUCAAAGAAGCAGCCGAGGAAUGCUGGUGCAUCUGAUCUGUGGAUAAGAAGGAGCAAAGGGGGGAAGGGGGGUAUCCUAACCCGACCCAGAAAGAGGAGAGCUGCCAGUGUGUAGGAAUGUGGCUCAUCGUUGCUGGAUCCGGAUGCUUGGCAUAAAAAAAAACUGGACGCUGAUUCUUGUGACUUAUUAAAAACAAAGGGGGAUCUGAAGAAGAAGAAAGGAAGUGGGGAAUAAAAGCGAGCAGGAUGCUCCGACUGCUGCUGCUCAAGGCUGAAGCGAGCCUGGUGAUUUAGCUGAUUCAGCAGCUGCUGGAGGAGGUUGCAUGAGGAGCCGUGGGGGGUUUCUGGGGCUGGAGACAUGUCCCCUGACUGACUGACAGACUGGGAGACCGAUCGCUUUCCCUUCCCUCUCUCUCUCACCUGCCCGUCUGCAUGCUGCUUUCCCCAGCAGCAGCUUCUCCCUGAUGUCUUGUCUUUCCCUCCGAGGGGGUGAAAGGCACCUAGGAUGAGUGAAGGGGCUGCCUGCGCCUCCCCACCUGGUGCUGCUGCUGCUGAGGAGGGGGCGGCGGCGGCGGCUGGGGGCCCGGACGGGGAUGGGGCUCCCGACCCCCCCAGGGAGCUGCGAUGUAGUGACUGCAUCGUCUGGAACCGGCAGCAGACGUGGCUGUGUGUGGUGCCUCUUUUCAUCGGCUUCAUCGGCUUGGGGCUCAGUCUCAUGCUGCUCAAGUGGAUCGUGGUGGGCUCCGUCAAGGAUUAUGUCCCCACCGAGCUGAUGGAUUCCAAAGGGAUUGGGCAGGACCCCUUCUUCCUCUCCAAGCCCACCACCCCGCCGAAGAGCAUGGAGACCACCACCACCACCACGUCAAGGACACCCAACCGGAUAAGCACCCGCUUAACCACCAUGACCCGGGCACCCACCCGCUUCCCGGGGACCCGGGUCCCCAUCCGGGCGAGCCCCAGAUCUACCACUGUGCGCCAUACAGCUGCCCCCCCUACCAGUCUCUCCACCACGGUCCCCUUCAGCACCACCAUCCUGACCUCCCGUCCGCUGCCCGGGACCCCCAGUACCCAGCCAAUGCCCAUCUGGCCCACUGCGGCAUACGCUACCUCCUCCUAUAAGAUCUAUGUCCACGACUCUGCUCCAUCCUGGACCUUAUCUCCCUUCCAGGAGUCCACCACCACCACACCAGAAACUAGCACUAGCCCCAAAUUCCAUACCACAACGUAUUCCACUGAGCGAUCUGAGCACUUUAAGCCAUGCAAAGACAAGGAUCUUGCAUACUGUCUCAAUGAUGGGGAAUGCUUUGUGAUUGAAACCUUAACAGGAUCACACAAACACUGCCGGUGCAAAGAGGGCUACCAAGGAGUCCGCUGUGACCAAUUUUUGCCGAAAACCGACUCAAUCUUGUCAGAUCCAACAGACCACUUAGGAAUUGAAUUCAUGGAGAGUGAAGAGGUGUACCAACGCCAGGUGCUGUCUAUUUCCUGUAUCGUCUUUGGCAUAGUCAUAGUGGGCAUGCUCUGUGCUGCGUUCUACUUCAAAACAAAGAAACAAACUAAACAAAUUCAGGAACAGCUGAAAGAGACAGAGAAUGGGAAAACCUAUAGCCUUAAUGCUUCCAGCAUGAUGGCAAAAUCAGAAACCAUGGCACAAAGCCGAGUCCAGCUGCAAAAUUAUUCAAAGACAGACAGGCAUCCUGGGCCUGUGAUGGGAAAAGUUAUGGAGUCCAGUUUUUCAGGCACUCAAUCUUUCCCUGAAGCCUUGUCUCCUGACAGAGGAAGCCAGCCUAUCAAGCAACAUAGAACUCUCUCUUCAUGCUGCAGCCCAGGACAAAGAAGUGGAAUGCUACACAAGAAUGCCUUUCGGAAGACUCCACCCUUACCUCGGGGUAGGUUCAAUGGAAUUACAGGACCAGCAUAUCAACAACUAGAAGAGUCAAGGAUCACAGAUCAGGACACAAUACCUUGUCAAGGGUAUUCAUCCACUGGUUUAAAAACUCCUCAGAAUACUUCAAUAAAUAUGCAACUGCCUUCACGAGAGACCACCCCCUAUUUUAAUAAUGUGGAUCAGAAGGACUUGGUUGGAUAUUCCGCAUCAAGGGCCAACUCAGUUCCCAUCAUCCCGUCGGUGGGCUUGGAUGAAGCCUGCAUGCAAAUGCAAAAUGUUUCUGAAGUAACAGGCAUCAAAUGGUGCAAAAACUCCUAUUCAGCUGAACUUGUCAAUGUCAGUGCCCCAGUCAGCAAUUGUCUUAUAGCAGAACAACAGGAAGUGAAAAUAUUGCUAGAAACUGUCCAGGAACAGAUUCGAAUUCUGACUGAUGCAAGGAGGUCAGAGGACUAUGAGCUGGCAAGCACAGAAUCAGAGAACAGUGCAAGUGAAAACACAGCGUUUCUGCCCAUGAGUCCCAUGGCAAAAUCGGAACGAGAGGCAAAAUUUAUCUUAAAAAGUGAAACACACAGAGACUCGGCAUUGACCAAGUGACUUUGAGGAGAGUGGGGGUGGGGAGAAAAGGAUCUGUGCACUCAAAGCUUUGCUAAACAGGAAAGGAAGGAAAUUAAAUACAAAUUAUUUAUAUGCAUUAAUUUAAAAGCAUCUACUUAGAAGAAACCAAAUAGUCGAUCGCCCUCAUAUCAUAGUGUUUUUUAACAAAAUAUUUUUUUAAGGGAAAGAAAAGUUCCAGGAGGGAUAAAGCAUACAUCUAAAGCUUUUUUGGUUGGGUUUUUUUUUUGGAGGGGGGGGGUGUUGUGUUUUUCUUUUGCAGAGUUACACAUUCAGUUGCAGUUACAGUAUGUUUUAGAACUGUCCUGUUUGGCUAUUAGAAGGCUUGGGAUAUGCAUAUUUUUCAAAAAGGCCAAAUUCAUUCUUAGACUCUUUGGUUUCAAAGUAGAGCUGUGUUGAACUGUCCACCAGGGAUUCAUUCUCUGGUGAGCAAGUUCUUCUUGAGUAGCCUCAAAUAAUACAGGCCCAUAAUUAGCCCUCCAUUCUACCAGUAGCUUGGUCCCAGAUUCAUAAUUUUAAAACAAACCAACAUACACACAAGGUCAAUCUUUCCUAUCUAAAUUCUGAAGUAUGGUUCCAAGCCACCUAAAAUCUGAAGCAACUGUAAAGCCCUGAUUCAGCCAGAUGCUUAAGCAUGUGGCUUCCUUUAAGUACAUGAGUAGUCUUAGUGAAGUCAGUGGGACAACCCAUGACCUUUAAGUUAGCAUGUGCUUAAGUAUCUUGUUAAAUCAGGGCAUCAGAGCAGGAGAUGGAAUGAUCGGGUGUUGCUCAGAACCACUGCGCAGCCCCAUCUCAUUGUGAACUGUGCUUUUUAAGUUUGGAUUUUCAGUGAGAAAGGAAAAGAAGAAGAAAAACGUAGUGUGUGUGUGUGUGUGUGGUAUGAAUUUUCUACCUUUGGGAACUUAAACCACAUUAUUUUGUCACAAAAAUCACAGUAUUUUGAAAAUGUUAUACUUUGAAGACAUUUUUGAGCACUCCAAAAGAGCACUUUUAAAAUAUAUUUUUAGUAUGGUUUGUUCAGAGAUCAGUUGGGGAGAUACAAUAUGAUCAAUAUUCAGCAUAUAUUUGUUCAUGCUGUCCUAAUUUGUUUUCACAUUCAGUUUUUCCUGUCUUUUUAAUUAAGCAUGACUUCUGCUUGUGAACUUUUAAGGCCCCUUUCCUGCAGCUGGUUUGGUACGCGUGGGUCCAGGAAUUUGUAAAAACCUGUCUUGACUUUAAUGAGGCUGUGCAAGGGCACAUGGGCUCCACCAAAUGGAUCCAUUUGGAGAAUCAAGGUUUUAGAGAAGAAAGAUCAUUUCCUGAUUGCAGCGUCCCAAGCACUUGCUUUCUUAUAUUUUCUUUUCUGUUUUCUCCUGUAUCCACAGCACAUGAUAUGCCACUAAUACAGUGGCCUAAAUUCAGUAAUGACAUAUGAACUAUUUUUAAAUACAGUCUGUUUAAAUUGUUUGUUUAAAAAAUUAAUGAACUAUAGUAAAUAAUUACCAAAUAGCCUUCCCUAUUCAGUGCCGGAAGACUGGUUGAUUUAUUAACAAAAUCUACAGUAUACACAAAAUGUAUUCAGAUACGUACUCCCUUUACAGCAAGGUAAUUGCUAAAGUUAUUAGAUGUGCCCCAGACUUUCCAGUUCACCAUUCUCAAGAGUGAGUUUCCAAAAUAGAACAACCGAUUGGUCUAGUGCUGUUGUGUGUUGAGUCGGAAUAAAGCAAUAUUUCAACUUCUGUCUAUUGAACUGAAGAAAAAAAAAAGCUGAAGGCAUAUGCCAUUUAUUUCCCCCCAGUUAGGGCAUUAAGGAAAAAUUAGUAUUCACAUAAGAAGUCUUUUUUCUAAAAAAAAAGCAAAGUUGAUGGAAUUGUCUCAUUUACACAACUUUCUAUGGCUGUAAUCUUUGCUGUGUGUUUUCAAUAAAAAUAUAUAUGAGAGCAAAUUAUGAUUUAUGCCCCUGGAUGGAGCAUCAUUGGUUUUGAUUCCCUUCUUCAAAUGUCACUUGGAUACAGCUGGAUUUAAGGAACGAAUUCCCUGAGUGAUGUACCUUAUUGUUGAUGAAAGCUCCAAUCCUGCAAUUUCAUAUGUGUGGGCAAUGCCCUGUUCACUUCAGCAGGGCUCCAUGUGGGUGCAGCAGGCUACCUCCACUCAGUGAACUACAGGAUCAGUACCUAAGAUACAUAUUUCAAAAUGAAACCUUUUUAAACUAACAGAAGUCUGGCCUUAUUGCCCCCAAAUCCAACUACAUUUUGCAAUCAGAAAAUGCACCCUUUGAAAUGUAUUGGAAACACACUGCAGGAUUUCUGUUGAAGAAAGAGGCAAUGCCUUUCUUAAAAGAAAGUGUUAGUUUAACACCCUCAAAAGCAGAAACAAUGGAAGAGCAAUGUAUUGAAAACUGAUGGAGUGUCUGAUUGAAUAAUAGAUGAAGAUCUGAAAUGGUGAGAAAUCUUCAACUCAUGUUAGAGAUGCUAUCUUGUACUCAGCAAAGGAUGUGUGACUGUUAUUUGUUACCUGUUCUAUUCAGUUUCAGCAUGUUUGAAUAGAGAGACAUUAAUACUAACCUUAUGAUAGACUAGUGUAUUAUUUGUUAAGAAUAUCAUUUCAGCACUUAUUGAAAGUUCUAUUGUUUCAAGAGGAAAAAGAUAAAGAAGAUAUAGACAGGUCACUGUAAUAUGAAUUGUAUUUUUCUCUAAUCUAAGUGUUUCCCCCUCUAUAGUGAAUGGAACAAAAUUUUCUCUGAGUUCUGACAUUUUAAUUAUGCAGGCUGCAGAAAAGACUUCAUAAAGUUUCACUUACACUACUAAAAUACUAGCUCAUAUUUUUGUUCCAUACAUCCCAUUGAACCCAAGUUGCUUAGAAGGGGUGUAAGUCAGUGUAGAAUAUAGUUUGUGCUAAUAAAAUUACAUCUGUUGUUCAGCUGGGAAACCAAAUAAUAAUCCUCCAUGGAAGAAACUCUAAACUCAUUGAUGUACUCAUAAGAUAAUUGAAAUUUACACCUGCCCUGUAAAGAUCAAGUUUAGUUAGGUGUGAAAAUUCACACGGGUUGUUACACUUCACCAAACUGGGAAAAUAGCUAAUUAAAUGGUUUGAAAUUGACAUCUCUUAAGCAUACUACUAUUGAACAGAAUUACAAAAUAUGGCCAUUGUGUGUCCUAGAUUUCUUGCUUCUGAAUAGGUUUUCUUCAAAACAACUCAACAGCCUCCUCCCUGCCCCCUAUUAGUAGAGGGGUCCCAUAAAUCUGAAGUGGGAAAUGUGGUGAAUAUAGACACACAUUUUCACAUUGCUUAAAAGUUAUUAACCAUCGAAAAACUCUUUAUAAUUCAAUAGGGCUAUACUCUGGUAUCCUAAUUCAUGUUCAGUAUUCCCUUCUUGAAUAGUCCCAUUAAGUUCAAUGAGUCUAUUCAUGGAUAAGGUAGUAUUCAAAAUGAGUAAGGCUGUCAGAAUCUGGCCCUCAGUUAGGGAAAAAUCUUAGAUAGGUGGCCAGACUCUCAAUUGAUGUAUAUUAAUCUAGCUCAUUGAAGUCCAUUGGAGUGAUGCCAACUUACAUCAGCUGAGAAUCUGGCCCAAAAUGAUUAAUCACACUGUUAAACAAUAGAAUACCAAUUGAAAUUUAUUAGGGCUGUUAAGCAAUUAAAAACAUUAAUCGUGAUUAAUCGAGUGAUUCAAAAAAUGAUUCACAAUUAAUCGUGCAAUUAAUCGCACUGUUAAUAAUAGAAUACUAUUUAAAUAUUUUGGAUGUUUUCUGCA